UUUUUUAUAAAUCAAAGAUCAAAAAGGUUAAUUUAUUCUCGAUUAAUUUAUUUACUCUCAAACUUUAUAAAAUGAUACAUCACAAAUUAAUAAUUAUUUUCUUAACAAUCUUUAUUGUAGGAUCUUUUUCACAAACUAAUUUAUUAAACACCUCAAUACACGAAUGCAUUUCGUGUAUUUGCCACGUUGUUACCGGAUGUUACGAUUUAAAAAAGUGCGCAAAUAAUUCCAUCGAUUUCGAUUAUUGGAUAUCGGCAGGAUCUCCUCGUUUAAAUCCAAACGAAGACAAUCAAAGUUCUUACGUAAAAUGCGUCGACGAUGAUAAUUGUAUUUUAAAUACUAUUUACGACUACGUUUAUACAAAUAAUCCGGGUGCAAAAAUGUGUACAUAUCGAGACGAAGAUUGCCGAGAUUUCUCAAUUUUACACAUCAACAAACGUAAUUGUAGACGUUUCGGAAAUCGAGGAGAGAUUAGGUUUGAUAAUUGUGCUUCGAAACGAUCGAUUCCAACGUUUACUAGAGAUUUCAUUUCAAGGAAUAAAUAAAAAAUUUUUUUUGUGGUUUUUGUUUAGAAUAUAUAGUUCAUAUAGUU